ACGUGGACGACGACAUCUCCGCCUCUUCCGACACCGAACUCAGUGACGACGCCAAAGAGCCAUCGGACCCGAAAGCAAGAGCUUCACCAGGAAGUCCGAUUUGAAGGUGCACAUGCAGGCCAAACACACGGGCGAGAAGCCCUUCAACUGCGACAUCUGCGCAAAAAAAUUCCCUGUGAAGAAAUACUUGAUGAUUCACAUGAGGACGCACUCUCUGGAUAAACCGUUCGCUUGCUCGGCUUGCUCCAAAGCAUUCGCCGCCAAAGCCGAUUUGGAAGCGCACGGCGACGGCGAGCACUGCAGCGCAUCAUCGCAAGCGGCCGCGCCCGCGCCGCACUCCUCCGAGGCGGACCCGACACCCAAGACCCCCAGAGGUGACCCGACGCAGCCCGCCGACAACGCGCAGUUCAUCUGCGCCGAAUGCGGCAAAACCUUCAGCCUGAAGGGGACGCUGAAGCGCCACAUGCGCACGCACACCGGAGAGAAACCCUUCAGCUGCGCGGUGUGCUCCAAAAGCUUCUCCACCAAGUCCGACAUGAAGACGCACGUGGAGACGCACUCGGGCCAGAAGCCCUUCGGCUGCACCGUCUGCGGCGAGACCUUCACACUCAAGCAGUACUUGAAGAUCCACAUGAAGCGCCACUUUGCCGACAAGCCCUUCAGCUGUACCGUCUGCGCCAAACGCUUCUUCACCAAGGCGCACCUGAAGACGCACAUGAGGACGCACACGGGGGAGAAACCCUUCAGCUGCGAGGUGUGCG